AUGCACGGCAUCAAGCUACUGCAGUUCGGCGUUCCAGGAAACAAGGAGCCUUUUGUGGACAUCCCGGAGGAUGGUAUUGUGGCAGCGCUGAAGGCUGUGCUAGACAAGCGCAACCAUCCCAUGCUUAUUCAUUGCAACAAGGGAAAGCACCGCACCGGCUGCCUGGUCGGAUCGUUGCGUAAGGUGCAGCGCUGGGCGUUUAGUUCGAUCUUCGACGAAUACAUCCGCUUCUCUGCCCCAAAGCCUCGAAUGAUGGAUCAACAGAGGAAGAAAGUCUGGCAGAUCAUCUACCUAACUGGCCUGGCUUGUAGCUCGUCGGAAUUCGACUGA